GAACCACCCAGCGAAAAGACGCAGCGGCCAGGCGAGCGAGGGCGCGGAAACUCGGCGCCCUCUAGUCUACCACUGGCGCCCGGCCCGCUCGCCUAUGGCCAGGCAAAUUCCCGCGGGGCGGCGCGACAUGCAACUCAGAAACACGAACCAACCAACGCAACGACACAGCGGCCAGACCAGGGCACGGAGACUCGGCGCCCCCUACCACUGGCGCCCGGCCCGCUCGCCCAGGGCCAGACGAAUUCCCGCGGGGCGGCGCGAAAUGCAACGCAGAGCAGCGCGCCAACCACGGCAAAGGUCAACCAGAUCGACCGCCAAGGGGCCCGGAUUUUGAAAAUUACCAAGGCGGCGAAACGCGGCCACAAAAGAUCCCGAGCCGAGUCAUGGGUCGCGAAAGCCCACACACAGGGGAGAAACACAACCGAGGGCGAAAAAUGGGAGCCCCGAAAGGGAGAAGAACAAGCCGGGCGGCUCAUCCAGAUAAGAACUGCGACCCAUCGCGCCAAACGCGCCGGCUCUGGGCGGUGGGUCACGGGCUGGAUCACGCGAAGCGACAGCACCACCCUCCGGGUUUUUUGCGUCGUUUCCCUGCGUUUCGUACGUGCAUCAGGUGCAAAAAAGUUGCAGCUGAUCUUUCAAAGGUCUGCCGAAAUUACGAAAAAAAUAAAAACGGCAGAAAGCCGGACCAUAGGGCUUCGAUUUUCCUCAUGUUUUUCCAGCGACAGUUUUUUUAGAAUUUCUUGAAACUUUUUCAAAAUUCUUGUCGUAAUCCAUGCAGUUUUUUGUCGUAAAAGUACCCGGCUCCGCGUUUCAAAUCCCGGAAGAAAAGCCGGUCGGCCGGCGGCCGGCAACAGCUAACCCCACAGCGGUCGCGGAAGAAUCCCACAGGAUAAGAAACGCAGGACACCGCAGGGCCCGGCAUACCCCAAACAAAACGCGGACCAUCCCAAAGGCCCUCCCACCACGCCCAAAGGCACGCCCGGAAACCAAGCAGGACGAUAGGCAGCGCGGAAAAUGCAGAAACUCCCACCAUCCGCGCCAAAUUUUUUUUCGCAGCGCAAGUCCUCUGCGGGAUUUUUUAAAGUCACGCCCUGAAUUUUUAUAAUUUACCGCGACUGGGGCCCGAUCUGGUUGGCAAAGGCGCAGCGACCAGGCAAGGGCGCGGAGGCUCGGCGCCCUCUACCACGGGCGUCCGGCCCGCUCGCCC